GACUGACUCCCCUUCAAAUCACAUGUUAUUUACUUGACUUUUGACAGUUUGCUUGCAUUUAAUUGUCAUUUGCUUUUGCAUUGAUUUUGCAUUGAUUUGACAUUAUUUGGCAAAUAGAGAGUGAAUACAGUUAUGCAAAACAUAUCGAAAUACUCAAACAUACAGUCAUUUGGAUCUCAUGUGAGGAAUGGCUUCAAAAACUUUUCAAUUAAUCAGAAACUCAGGAAUUUGUAUGACUUUUACGAAGACUUUAUUGGUGUGAAAGAAGUCCGUAAAACACAGGAAGCAGUGCUUAAGAGUGAAUCAGAGUUUGUUGAGUCGACUAAAGCGAGACGUGACGUCCAAAACGAUAUGAUCGGUCUUCAGGAACAACUCAAACACAUCCGACACAAAUUGGAUUCAACGCGGCGGAGUGAUGAGUCGUAUCUGACCCUGAUCACAUCAGAGCAUCAGUUAAUCAAAAACGAGAUCCAAUUGAUUGAUUCACUUCGAAGAAUAGAACAAACGGAAAGACACUUGUUUUCAGAGUUUUCCAACAAAUUGAGAGACGCUCACGAGGUGGAACGACUUCGACAGGAGAAGACAAAGUACUUAUCAAUGUUGGGCACAAUAAUCGGGGCGUGUCUUGGGAUCAUAGCCACGAGUAUUAACCACGCGUUCAAACGAAGAGAUUUCAGAGAAUUGGCGCAAAUGAUUGAACUCUCAAACAGCCAUAAACUCGAAACCAAUCCUUCAGUAUCUCAAGUGUUUACAGAAGAAAACGCUGUAAAGACCACAGAUUUGGUGAACAAGACAUCGACUGAAACGCAGACAGAUAUCAGAAAUGACGAUAAAAUCGUUGAAAUCAUUUCAAAUACUGAAUCUAAUUUAGAGUACAAAAUGAAAGUGAAUAGUUUAACAACAGUUGUGGCCACUUAUGCACUCAUUGCCAUCACUUUGCCUAUAAUUUUACGUCUUAUAGGCGAUUGAUAGCUAAUAAACUAAUAGCAAAUUAAAUAUGUUAUCAUUUUGUAAUUAGUUUUAUUAAAAAUCCAAAGGAAUAUCUACUAAA